AUGGCGCCUUAUCAGUCGGUGUCGGGCGCUUGGCAGCUUGCUUUGACCUACUCGGACGAUCGAAGGCACGACGAUCAUCACUCGGGGGACGCAGGCGUGGAUGGAUGCUCGACGUCGCGCAGUCAGUCUUGCUCUAGCGGCGGCAAUAAACGACGCAAAGAGAUGGCUUGCCAGUGGUGUCGCCAUAGGAAGAUACGCUGUACCGGGGGUCUUCCAUGCGAUAGCUGUGAAAGACUUGGCAAACACUGCGUCUACGUCAAGGUGCCAAGGGAAGUGAACGAUCAGCUUCGUAAAAAGAAACGAGCGAGGCAGCUCCAAAAAGACGCCGAAAGGGCAGCGGCUCGUAACGCCUCUCACAGUAACCACAGGAUCCAGGCUAUGCAUCCUUACUGGCACAGCGAUGAUUUUGCGCCUGGCACAUUCAACUGUUCGCGAAGCGCGUCAGCGGUGAGGGGCGAGAUGUAUGGAAGUUGCGACGCUAGCAGCGGCAGAAUUUCACUCGGGGCGACGGCACCUCGUUUGCCCGAGGUGCAUCCUCAUGCGGCGAGCAGCGCGGAUGGGGUCGGUAUGAUGGCGGCGCACGCGCACCAAGCAUACGGCAGUGGCGCAGUGAGCGCCAACGCGGGGUUGGAUGUAGGCAGCGGAUCAAAUGGCUCGAACAAGGGUUUGGUGACAGCCGCGGCUACAGCAAGAAGCGUGUCGAGCGCACAGACGUAUGCACAGAGGUCGAGCAUCGACGCUACAUCGUACUCAUCUUGGCCGGCUGAAGCUCGAUCGUGUUACGAUGAGCGUUUUUCGGAGCCAGGCUGGUAUAAUUCUGACAUGGAGGCAGCAGGCAUCAUGCGCACAGAGGCGCGAUUGAGCUCGGCGGACUCGAACAAGUACGCUGAUGAACAAGCGGUGCGGACUACUGUGCACGGCGCAUUGGCAGCUACACAAGAGAAUAUGUGGACUGGGGCGGGAGCAGCGUUUUUCAGCGCGCACGAUGAGGGUAGCGUGCGUACAGCUUGGUUGUCGGCUUACGCGGUCGCGCAGUGUAGUGAGUCGCCGCAGUCGUCGUACAGCCUGAGGAGGACGCCGAGGAGUAACUACACGUGCUCGCCGGUGCCGACGCUGGACAGGACGGCGGGGAGCGUGGGCAUGCGCGCUUCGCCUGCCAUGCUGUCGGAUACCGAGAUGAGCAGCAGCUCACAACACCAGUACGACUAUCUGGCUGACCCGUCCAUGCCGGCAGGUCAGAUGAAGCUUGCGCACAUGGACAUGGACGACGUGACGCAUGGCUUCCGGCGUUGGCAAACUGCUCGUUGUACCAGCGACGCCUAUACAGCUGCUGGGCACCUCGAGUGGUCGGGCUGA